GUAAAGCUUCCAGUUGUGUUGACAUUCAAGAAUAUCACAUACACUGUGUCGACCAAUUCAGGACCGCUGACCAUUCUCCAUGGCGUGUCAGGGGCGUUCAAACCAGGGAAACUGGCUGCGAUAAUGGUAUGA